UAUCACUUUGAUUUUGGAUAUCCUUCUUUUGUCCUUCCAUUUUUCUCUUUGUAACAUACUAGUGUUACUGAGAAUUCUCUUCAUGGGAAGUCUUUUUCUCAUCCACAAAAUUAUGAUUCAUCUUUGGUUUGUUGCUUGGAUGUGCUUAGGUGCAUGCUCUGCUCAAUUUCCCUACGACCCUACUAAUUGUACUUCAAAUGAAGCUGUGAUAGAGACAAGGUACAGUUGCAACUCAACGCAUGAUUCAUGCAAAACAUUCUUGCUGUAUAGAGCCAAUGAACAUUUCAACACCAUUUCAAAAGUCUCAAAGCUCUUCAACAAGAACUCUGAUGAGGUGCUUCAAAUAAACAACCUCACAUCUUCUUUUCACUCUCAGGUACUCAAACAAGGUAAAGAGGUUCUUAUUCCUGUUGAUUGCACCUGCUCUGGCAAGUAUUAUCAAACCAGUUUAACCUAUAAAGUCCAUGAAAACACCACAUAUUCAGAUAUUGCUUGUGGAGUUUUUGAAGGGCUUUUGAAACCACUCACACUUGCUGAGGAAAACCUUUCACAAGGUAACAAGGCAGAAGCUGGUUCUGAGCUUCAUGUGCCUGUUACAUGUGCUUGUCCUGACAGUGACAAUUUCACCAGAAGCAAGAAGGUGAAGUACCUUGUCACAUACCCUAUAAUACUGGGAGAUGAUCCAGAAAAAUUCAUCGGAAAAUUUAGCAUCUCACUUGAAGAUUUCGCAGCAGUUAAUAGCCUGAAGUUGAAUCCCUUGUCAACUAUAUAUCCAGAUACAGUUGUUUUCAUUCCAUUAAGGGAUGGUCCAAUCAGAAUACUUGAUAUUCCUGAUUCUCCUUCUCCACCUCCUGGUUUUCUCCUUACAAAUCCAGUGGUUAUAGAUCAGGAAUCCACACAAUCAUCAAAUUUGUAUAUUGCAGCAGGAUCUGUUGUGGGGUUUUUGUUGUUCAUAACAUUGCUUGCAAGCGGAAUGUACAUGAAGAGAUUGAGGAAAAGUGAUGUUGUCCAUUCCUUUAGUUCAACAAACUUCCCCACUUUGUGGACACCAACUAAAACCUCUACAACUUGGUGCCUAUCCCCUGAUCUUCUUGUUGGGAUAAAGUACUAUUUACUCAAUUACAGCAUAGAAGAGCUCCAAAAGGCCACAAAAAAAUUCAGUGAAGAAAACAAGAUUGGUGACUUUGUCUACAAGGGCUCAGUCAAUGAUCUUGAGGUGAUGAUAAAAAGGAUGAGGUUGGAGGACACACGCCAGGUGAUUGAUUUACAUUCUAAGAUCAACCACAUUAAUAUUGUGAACUUGCUUGGUGUUUGCUAUGGUGAGAGUAAUGAUUCAUGGUGUUAUUUAGUCUUUGAGUUGCCUAAGAAUGGAUGCUUGAGGGACUGCUUAUCUGAACCAUGCAAUCCUCUGAAUUGGUACAAAAGGACACAAAUAGCCUUUGAUAUUGCAACAUGUAUUUACUAUUUGCAUUGCUGUUCUUUCCCUUCUUAUGCUCACAUGAAUGUGAGUAGUAGAAACAUAUUCAUAACAGCAUAUUGGAGGGGGAAACUGGCUGAUGUUGGAAGGGCAUUGGCAACUAGUGCCACACUCAGCAAAAGAAAUGACAGUGUAGAAAUUCCCAAAGGAUUGGUGGCACCAGAGUACCUCUUGCAUGGAUCAGUUUCUGAAAAAGUGGACAUUUUUGCAUUUGGGGUUGUGUUGCUAGAGUUGAUCUCAGGAAGGGACAAUUUUGAUGGAAAAACAAUGAAAGAUUCCCUCGGAUUUCUGUUGGGAGAAGCCAGUGAAGGGUCCUGUUUUGAAGGGUUAAGGAGUUUCAUGGAUCCUAAUCUGAAGGAUUAUCCUCUUUCUGAGGCUUUAUGUUUGUCUUUUUUAGCAAAAGAUUGUGUGGCAGAUGAUCCCCUUAUUAGGCCAACUAUGGAUGAUAUCAUGAAAGUCCUUGCAAAAAUGGUUUAGCCAAGAGCAGGACAUGAAAAUCUGUAACCAAAUUGGCUAA